ACUCGGUCCUGCUGUGUGUCACUCUCCUCAUUGAACAGCCUUGGUGUGGAAACUUCACUUCCUGUUACAUCGCUUGCUUGUAUUUAGUCGCCAUGUCUGAAAUGUGUCUGCUGACCACUGUCACUUUGAACAUACACAUUCUGCGAUACUGAAUGCCAUUGAACCGUGUUCACUAUGCAGCUGCUCUACACACCUCGCUUAAUUUGCCUAUGACAUCGCAUGUGCGUCCUAAGCUGCCUAGUCUGGUUGAAUUAGGGCUCGUCUGCUUUCCAGGGUGAGUGCCAUUCGCUCAUUUGGUCACCAGGGGGCAGAGUUGGUUCGUUUCACAGUGUUUUUUUUUCUUUCUUGGAUGCAUUCAGGAAUCUGCCAAGAAAGCCACAGAAGUUCAGCAAAGGCUUUUCAGCUGAAAUCCUGGACUGUUCUUAUGAUAUAAAUGGUGGUGGUGGUGGUGGGGGGGGUUUUCCCCAUUACAGAGAAAACUGCACCUUAACCUUAAUGUGUCAUCAUUUAUUUGUAUUUUUAUUCUAAAUGAUUGCAUUUCAUUUUUUUUUUGUGCUAAAUUUUAGUUGUCUAGUGCUAUACUGUUUUCCCAUUGUUCUUCCAGUUCCCUUUUAUCCAUGUUGCAUGGCAACACAAUGUGUGUUGGGGUGUUUAAGCAGUCGAAUUUGGAGCAAGUGAGAGAGAUAGGAAUCAGGUUAGAGGGGCUCUGUACUCAGUAGCAGAGCUUACAGCACAUUGAGGGGUGUUUUGCAAACCUCCUCUGCUCAACAUCCUCUCCGUGUUGCCAAACUCUGGUGGCACUUUUUGGUGGUGGUGCUCCAGACAUGGGAGCUGAUUGCACAUAUAAAUGGGGGUGGGCCUUUGCUCCCAGCUGCCCCAGGUGGAGUGACUGAUGGUUUGUUAGGCCCCGCCCCCAGUGGGGCUCAGCCUACCAGUGUUUUGGGUAGGCGGUGCUCCUCCCACUUGGCCAGACAGCGGUGCAGCAGUGGAGGGAGAGAGUCGUGUAGGCAAGCACCGUGUGGACGUGUACAGGACAACAGAACCAGGAUGGGGGCUCCCUGGGGGCAGGUGAAUCCUGCCCCAGGGGCCGUGUGCUAGCCAUGCUGCGCCCAGCCGAGUCCACGACCAGCACACUGCGCCUGGUAGCUACUGACAUGACUGAGAUCAUGGAGAACCUGGACACACGAGAACUGGCCUUUGGCGAUGGUGAGGAGGCGGAGAUUGACAACACCGACUGCGGUCACACCGACCCAUGGCUCCCCUUCUCAGCCAUCUACAACACCACGGGUUUCAAGGAGACGGGGGCCGUCGUGUUCCUCAACAAGUUGCCAAUCACUGCUAAGAUCCUCGAGGUGGAGCGCUUCACCACGGCCCAAGAGCGCCUCAAGGCCAGCCACCAGAGGAGCGUCUCCAAGGUGCCAGCCGUCUUCCGGAUUGAGCUCAGGCACGGCUCCUUCACCUGGCUGGUGAAGCGUAAGGAGAAGCACUUCCUGGAGCUCCACCGUGAGCUGCUGCGCUACAAGACCUUCCUGAGGAUCCCCCUGCCGUCCCGCAGCCACACAGUUCGGCGCCAGACUGUGAAGAGGAGCGAGGUACGGCAAAUGCCAACUCUGCCACGGGGCGGGGGCGAGGACCUGGUGCGGGAGGAGCAGGUGUCCAGCAGGAAGAAACAACUGGAAGACUACUUGAAUAAGUUGCUCAAAAUGCCUGUGUACCGCAAUUACCACGCUACAAUGGAGUUCAUUGACGUGAGCCAGAUGUCCUUCGUCGGCGAUUUGGGUCCAAAAGGCUUGGAGGGCAUGGUCCAGAAGAGGUCAGGAGGCCAUCGUAUCCCCGGCUUAAAUUGCUGUGGCCGCACCAAAGCGUGCUACCGCUGGUCCAAGCGGUGGCUGGUGGUCAAAGAUUCAUUCCUGUUCUACAUGAAACCUGACUCUGGGGCCAUCUCCUUCGUCCUCCUGGUGGAUAAGAAGUUUAGCAUCAAGAUGGACUCCAAAGACACAGAGACCAAGCAUGGAGUUCGCAUUGACAGCUUGUCCAGGACACUGGUGCUGAAGUUUUCUAGCUACCGGCAUGCGCGUUGGUGGGGGCAGACCAUCGAGGACUUUGUGCAGAGGCACGGUCAGGCGUUCCUGCAGGACCACCGCUUCGGGUCCUUCGCCAGGGAGGAGGAGAACACCCUGGCCAAAUGGUACAUCAACGGGAAAUCCUAUAUGGAGGAUGUAGCCAACGCACUUGAAGCAGCCAAAGAGGAAAUCUUCAUAACUGAUUGGUGGCUGAGCCCAGAGAUCUUCCUGAAGCGACCGGUGAUGGAGGGCAACCGCUGGCGGCUGGAUUGCCUCCUCAAACGCAAGGCGCAACAAGGCGUGCGGGUCUUCGUGAUGCUCUACAAGGAGGUGGAGCUUGCACUGGGCAUCAACAGCGAGUACAGCAAGCGGACACUGCGGCACCUGCACGCCAACAUUAAGGUUAUGCGGCACCCCGACCAUGUCCAGUCUGCUGUCUUGCUGUGGGCACACCAUGAGAAGACUGUCGUCAUCGACCAAUCGGUGGCCUUUGUGGGCGGGAUUGACCUGGCCUAUGGGCGGUGGGAUGACCAGGAGCAUCGACUGACGGAUGUGGGGAGUGUCACGCGCUCAUUGGCCUUGAGCGGGUUUGACACCCCCUUGUCCACUGCAGCCGUGUCGUCAUGCGACAGCACUACAGCAGCCCAGAGAAACGGCAAGAGCGCCGCCCCAGUGGACACGGUGGACCAGCCACGGCUGAGGGGUGCAGCCCGGAGCCGUUUCAACCUCUACAGACACCUGCAUAGACACGGGCUACAGUCGGCCGACAGCGUUAGCAGCCUGGAAAGUUCUGAGGAUAAGACGGGGUCCACACAGAGUCUGCAGACAGGCAUGGGCCAGCUCAUUGGAAACACACGCUUCUGGCAUGGGAAGGACUACUGUAACUUUGUGCACAAAGACUGGAUCCAGCUGGACAAGCCCUUUGAUGACUUCAUCGACAGACACACGACUCCCCGCAUGCCCUGGCAUGACAUCGCCUCGGUCGUUCAUGGGAAGGCGGCACGCGAUGUGGCACGGCAUUUCAUCCAGCGCUGGAACUUCACCAAGAUCGUAAAGCCCAAAUACCGCUCUCUCUCAUACCCGUACCUGCUGCCCAAAUCACACAGCACAGCCGGCGAACUGAAGUACACCGUGCCGGACUGUGUGCUCACCAAAGUACAGGUGCUCAGAUCGGCUGCUGAUUGGUCAGCUGGCAUCAAGUACCAGGAGGAGUCCAUCCAUAAUGCCUACGUUCAUGCCAUCACUAACAGCAAGCACUACAUCUACAUCGAGAACCAGUUCUUCAUCAGCUGUGCUGACAACAAGCACGUGUUCAACAAAAUCGGAGACGCCAUCGUGGGACGGAUCAUCAAGGCGCACAGGGAGAACAAGAAGUAUCGCGUGUACGUGGUGACCCCGCUGCUUCCCGGGUUCGAGGGUGACAUCAACACCGGCGGGGGUAGCGCCCUCCAGGCUGUAAUGCACUUCAACUACAGUGGGUUGGGGGACCAGUGGAUUAACUACAUCUCCUUUGGUGGAUUACGAACCCACGCCGAGCUGGAGGGCCGUCUGGUGACUGAGCUCAUAUACGUGCACAGCAAGAUGCUCAUCGUUGACGACAACACCGUCAUCAUCGGCUCAGCCAACAUCAAUGACCGGAGCAUGCUGGGAAAGCGUGACAGCGAGGUGGCCGUCAUCAUGGAGGACACAGAGACGGUGGCCUCAGUCAUGGAUGGCCAAGAGUACCAGGCAGGGAGGUUCGGCCUGCAGCUGCGUCUGGAGUGCUUCAGGAUCAUCUUGGGCGCCCUCACGGACCCCUCAAUUGACGUGUCCGACCCUGUAAGCGACCGCUUCUACAAAGAGGUGUGGAUGGCGACUGCAGCCCGUAAUGCAACCAUCUACCAGAAGGUGUUCCGCUGCCUGCCCUCCAGUGAUGUAAGAAACAUGAUGGAGCUGGAGACCUUCCUGUCUAAGCCGGGCCUGGACAAGGAGGACCCAGGCCGAGCCCAGGAGGAGCUCAAGAAGAUCCGUGGCUUCCUGGUCCAGUUCCCCCUACACUUCCUGAGCGAGCAGAACCUGCUGCCCUCGGUGGGCUCCAAGGAGGCCAUGGUACCCAUGGAGAUCUGGACCUGAGGCAAUACCAGCCAUCCGACAUCCUCAUCUCCAAAACCAUAUGAUGGAACGGAAAAAUGAAGAUGCUGUAGACGAGGAACUAUGAUAUUUUGAGCUAGGUUGCCGGUCCACAGAUAACUAAAACUAAAGUAAUAAAAAAUAUUUUAUAUACAGAAGCUGUAUAUAUAUGUAAUAAGCUGAUAGCACACAAAAAGGUGAGAAAUCGACAGGGUAUUGAAACUCCUCAUAUCGUCAUAUGAUUCUAAGAAAAGUCUGAACAAUAAUUUCAUUCGGAUCAAAUGAAAUGAUUGGCCGAGCAUCCUGCCAGUCAUCAAUUGCUGCGCCUCCAACUGAAGUUACCGCUUGCGCACUCCGGUCACGCCCACCAAGCGAGUGUGAGUCUGCGAGAGUGCCACCAUUGUGGUACUAAAAAAAAAUUCCCAAGGUUGGCAGGUCUGUGUUUAUAUAAUUUUAGUAAUACUGACCACCAACACUAUGCAAACCUGAUCAACAUGCUGUAGGCCAUACGCGAUUUCUGUUAUGAGAAUUUUUUUAUGGAGUACAUCCUUCGUGAAAGAGAUGCUGAAACAAGCCUCGGCCCUUACCCUGCCGCAUGCGCUCGGAUUCCUGUAUGAUGCAACAUCACUUCCUGGAUGCUGGCCCUUGGCUUUUCAUGAACUUUCUGUUAUUUUGGGGUGACAGUGUGGCCUGUCUCUGGGCUGAAGCUGUAUUUUUCCUGGGAUUGGUGGAGGCUUCCUGCUUCUCUGUGGGUUUUUGGAGACCUACGGCACCCGGGAGGGGCUCUGAUGGUCCGUCAUCUCCAAGCGGAGAACAGAGAUUUCUGCUCGGCGUUCUGAAUCAUAUAUCCGCACCAAGCUGAUCUGCUGGGCUAAUUUGUCCUGCUCCUGACUUCCUGCCUGACAUCUUGCCAUGCCCGCUGUUCUAUAUGCAAUGCGCAGUGUGAUGUCCUUCCCACAGGGGGGCGCCAUUGCACCUUGCUGUGGCUCCUUGCCCCACUCUCUGCUUCUUCAUGAGCUCGUGAGCUCUCUUUCCAGUGGACUUCAUGUUUCUUUUUUGCCCAAAGAAUUUCUGUCCAGUAAAAACAAAAGGUUUCCACACUUCGUGCUGGUGACAGUUAUGAUAAUUCGGUCCCAUGGAUUCUCUUUAAUGCUUCAAGUGCAAUUCUCAGACGUGCCACAUUGGGGAGCUUCUCGCACAGCGUCGCAAGUCCCGACACGUCCUGGAUCAGUGCUGCCACCUGAAUGCACAGACGCUGUAGCAGCCAGUCCGACGGGACCCAAGCAGCCGAAUUUCUCCAACUUUGAUCUGGACCUGGUUAAGAGUGUAAUUCACUCCAGCUUCGAUCGGUUUUAUGAUAUGACGAUGCUAUUUUUUCUUUUUUUGUCAGACAUCUAAUUUUUUUUAGGUUUUAUUCACCUAAUAAUCAAAUUAGAUGUCUGAUAAAAAAAAAAAAAAUUGCAUCGUCAUAAUUACUUUAAGACAUAAUGAAUAUAAUUGAAAGGUUUUAUGAUAUCAUUUGUCAUUCUCUCGAUGACAGUUGCUUGGUUAUUUGUAAAUAAUAUAAAUAAUAUGUUUGUAAA